AUGCUCCUGGCGCGGAUGAACCCGCAGGUGCAGCCGGUAAGCGGCGAGCCUGAUCCCUUCCCUGAGCAACCCCUGCGGGCGCGCAAAGCGGCGGAGCUGGUGGUGGUAAAGGAGCGCAACGGCGUCCAGUGCGUCCUGGCGCCCCGAGACGGCGACGCGCAUCCCCGGGAGACCUGGGGUAAGAAGAUCGACUUCCUGCUGUCAGUGGUUGGCUUCGCGGUGGACCUGGCCAACGUGUGGCGCUUCCCCUACCUCUGCUACAAGAACGGCGGCGGUGCCUUCCUGAUCCCAUACACCCUGUUCCUCAUCAUUGCUGGGAUGCCCCUGUUCUACAUGGAGCUGGCUCUGGGCCAGUACAACCGGGAGGGGGCGGCCACGGUGUGGAAGAUCUGCCCGUUCUUCAAAGGAGUUGGCUAUGCCGUGAUCCUCAUUGCGCUUUACGUUGGCUUCUACUACAAUGUCAUCAUCGCCUGGUCGCUCUACUACCUCUUCUCCUCCUUCACCUUCAACCUGCCCUGGACUGACUGUGGCCAUGCCUGGAACAGCCCCAACUGCACUGACCCCAAACUCCUCAAUGGCUCUGUGCUGGGUAACCACACCAAGUACUCCAAGUACAAGUUCACGCCGGCAGCAGAGUUCUACGAGCGCGGAGUCCUGCACCUUCACGAGAGCGACGGGAUUCACAACAUUGGCCUGCCGCAGUGGCAGCUCUUACUUUGUCUGAUGGUUGUCGUCGUAGUCCUGUUUUUUAGCCUCUGGAAAGGUGUGAAGACAUCAGGAAAGGUUGUGUGGAUCACAGCCACCCUACCGUACCUCGUAUUGUUUGUGCUCCUGGUCCAUGGCAUCACACUGCCCGGCGCCUCCAACGGCAUCAACGCCUACCUGCACAUCGACUUCUACCGCCUAAAAGAAGCCACGGUAUGGAUUGAUGCUGCAACUCAGAUAUUCUUUUCCUUGGGGGCUGGAUUUGGAGUCUUGAUUGCUUUUGCCAGUUAUAACAAAUUUGACAACAACUGUUACAGGGAUGCCCUGCUGACCAGCACCAUCAACUGUGUCACCAGCUUCAUCUCUGGAUUCGCCAUCUUUUCUAUCCUUGGUUACAUGGCCCAUGAACACAAGGUCAACAUUGAGGACGUUGCCACUGAAGGAGCUGGCCUAGUCUUCAUCCUGUACCCAGAAGCCAUUUCUACUCUGUCGGGAUCCACAUUCUGGGCUAUCGUGUUCUUCAUCAUGCUCCUGGCUCUGGGCAUUGACAGCUCAAUGGGAGGCAUGGAGGCGGUCAUCACGGGCAUGGCCGACGACUUCCAGAUCCUGAAGCGGCACCGGAAGCUCUUCACAUUUGGCGUCACCUCCGGCACCUUCCUUCUGGCCCUGUUUUGUAUAACCAAGGGGGGGAUCUAUGUGCUGACCCUGCUGGACACCUUUGCGGCCGGCACCUCCAUCCUGUUUGCUGUGCUCAUGGAAGCCAUCGGAGUCUCCUGGUUUUACGGUGUGGACAGGUUCAGUAACGACAUCCAGCAGAUGAUGGGGUUUAAGCCGGGCCUCUAUUGGAGAUUGUGCUGGAAGUUUGUGAGCCCUGCCUUCCUCCUGUUUGUCGUGGUGGUCAGCAUUGUCAACUUCAAGCCACUCACCUAUGAUGACUACAUCUUCCCCCUCUGGGCCAACUGGGUUGGCUGGGGCAUCGCCCUCUCCUCCAUGGUCCUGGUGCCCGCCUACACCAUCUACAAGUUCCUCAGCAUUCGUGGCUCCCUUUGGGAGAGACUGGCCUAUGGCAUCACGCCGGAGAACGAGCACCACCUGGUGGCCCAAAGGGAUGUCAGGCAGUUCCAGUUGCAGCACUGGUUGGCCAUCUGA